AUGGCUCUGCCGGCCCGCGACGACUACGAGUACCUAACCCCAGCGCUGGCGCUGCCUCCGGGCGUCUACUUCAACCCGACGAACGAGGAGAUCGUGCGCACCUACCUCAACGGGUGGAUCGCCGGGCACGACACGUCGGGCGCAGAGGCGGCCGUCGUCAUCGAGGACGACGUCUACGGCGACACACCCGACGUGCUGGCGCGCAGGCACCUGCCGGCCAGCACCCGCGACUCCGACCCCAGCUGGUGGUUCCGCUGCCACUGCAAGGUGCAGGCCACGCGCGGCGGCGCCGCCCACCGGGGCGACCGCAGAGUCGCCACGGGAGGCUUCUGGAAGCUGGAGCAGACCACGAAGGAGGUGAGAUGCGAGGCGGACGGCGAGCACCUGGGGUUCAAGCGCAGCUUCGGGUUCUACGUCGAGCACGAGGGCGAGAAGGAGAAGACGCGGUGGCUCAUGGAGGAGUACACCAACGUCGACUCGCCGGACGAAGGCACCGUCCGCAACGACGGCAAGAACGUCCUGCCCGCGCUCUACAGGAUAUACCUCACCCCACGCGAUCCCGGCAAGAAGAAGAGGAAGCAGAGUGGCAGAGAUGUUGGGGACGACUACGACGACGUCGACGGUGGGCCUGUGAAGGCUGCCCGCGUGAAGGUUCCGAACGCUUACUUACACGCCAUCGCGGCGUUGCUGUCGCCGUCGAGCGUUCGUGGUGCCGGCCAGGAGGAGCCGCAGGGCGGCGUUGAAGCGCCGCCGCCACCUUCGGGCGUUUUCAGUGAGUACCGAGGUGAGGCCGCGUCGUCGGAUGAUGAUGAUCACGGCAUGACAAUGAACGAGAAUCUCCUCGAGGAGGCGCAGGGCAGCACCGGCGGCGACGACUCCCCUGAGAUGCGUGUUCUCGUUACGAUGAACGACGGCGGCAUCCCGGCGUGGGAGAUGGGCAUGGGUGGAGGAUACGUUUUCGCCGACACGUCUUGGAUCGACGAACACUACCAGAGCACGGAGUGA